AGGCGGCGAGAAGGGGAGACAACAGCUCGCCCGCGGAGUCGGACAAUUCAGCUCGGUGCGUCGCGCCUGCCGUACUUGCUGGGGGGGGCCCGCGACGACCCCGGCCCGGUGGAGAACUCUUCUGUGCGGGUGUGGCGAGUGCGCGAAGACAAGAGCAUAGAGAGAGAGAUAAAAACAUCCCUGCCGCCCCUUUUGUGUGUGUGCGCGCGUGAGAAGUAGUAAUAUCGAGGGCGGUAACCCCCCACAACAUUCUCUCUUGAUAUGCGCGCGCACUUUCCUUCUCUCUCUCUCUCCAGCACGCUCUUGCGGCUGGGGGGGUGAGGUAGAAGAGAGAGAGAGAGAGAGAGCGAGAAAACAUACCCCCUCCCUUGCAGAUCAAAACCUCCCCCCCCUCCCCUUCCACCACGUCAUAUCAAUAUUUAUGCCGGCGCGCAGGCCAAUAGCAAGCAGUCUCGCCGCUACGGACGGGAUUAUCAUAAUCGCCUCCCCCUCCUCCUCCUCUCACCAGCUGUUGAUAAUCAUAAAAAAAGGGGGGGAACACGUACAUGUGUGCGUACGUACGCCGAGGCCUGCGCGCACGCGGAUGAAUCAAAACCAGCGGGCACCACCCCUCGGGCGCCGGGCGUGGGAGGGAGGUACUAGCCGCCGGAGGGGGUAAAAGGGUGCGAAGGGAAGGACAAAAGGAGGGGGUGAUAGCGGCCCGUGGGGGGAGAAAGGAGAGGAAAGGAGCUGCGCUUUCGGGAGAGGAACUAACAAUUUUGAAGCCCAAGUUUUGUCAUUUCGCGGCUUGACGGCGCUAGUGGUGGUUCGGGUGCCCCUCCCCUUUUUGCGCGGUGCGGGCGGGAAAAAAAAAAGAAAACUAAAAUAAAAAAAUAAGGGGGAGGACAAGCGGAGUUUUAUUUUUUCUUUCGGCGGACGUCCGUCGACUGUUUAAUUAUUUGGGUAUUUUAUUUUUUAUUUGAACGACCGUCCACAUGCGCGCGACUUGAAAGAAGGACGGUGGGUAUUCUUCGGCUGGAAGAAUGUCCCGGAGGAAGCAGGCUCGACCCAUACGACACCUGGAGGAUGAGGACUACGACGGACUCUUAGCGGACACCGCGGCCCUCCUGCCGAAUGGCGAGAGCUCCGCCUCCGGGUCGGAGGACGACGGCGGCGGCGGCGGCGGGGCGGACGACGAGCUGACCUGUCGCCAGUGCCGCCUCCAGUUCCUGAGCGCCGCCGACUGCGAGGAGCAUGUCCAGGCGGGCUGCCGCGCCGACCCCGACAUGGCGGUCGACGGCGACGAGGACGACUACGGCGACAAGCGGCUGCGCCGGCGCCAGGACGCCGAGAACAACAACAACGACGGCGGCGGCGAGGCGGAGGAGCACGCGGCGGCGGCGGCGGCGGCGGCGGCGGCGGCGGCUCUCGGGUUCCCCUUCCCCGGCCACGUGACCCUCGAGGCGCUGCAGAACACCAAGGUGGCGGUGGCGCAGUUCGCGGCGACGGCCAUGGCCAACAACGCGGACAACGCGGUGGCGCUGCAGGAGCUGGCCGUGCUGCAGUCGACCCUGUUCACGCUGCAGCACCAGCAGGUGAUGCAGCUGUCGCUGAUCCAGCAGCUGCAGAGGCAGCUGCAGAUCACCCGCUCCAAGGAGGGCAGCCCCGUGUCGCCCGAGCCGGCGUCCCCGCCGCCCGCGCCCACGCCGCCCCCGGCCACGCCGCCAGAGCCGCCCGCCGCCUCGCAGGCCGUGCCCGCCACGCAGCAGCCGCCCCCGCCGCCGCCGCCGGCGACGCUCGUGGUGCCGAGGCCGCCGUCCCCGCUGCCGCCCCCGCCCCCGCCGCCCCCCUUCUCCAUGUGCGCCAUAUCGUCGUCGCUGGCGGCGUCCAUCAUCACCAACUCGGACCCGCCGCCGUCGCCCGACGAGCCCAACACGCUCGAGAUGCUGCAGCGGCGCGCGCAGGAGGUGCUGGACAACGCCAGCCAGGGCCUGCUCGCCAACAACCUGGCCGACGAGCUGGCCUUCCGCAAGGGCGGCAAGGGCGGCUCGCUGUCGCCGUACGACGGCAAGGGCGGCCGCAACGAGCCCUUCUUCAAGCACCGCUGCCGCUACUGCGGCAAGGUGUUCGGCAGCGACUCGGCGCUGCAGAUACACAUCCGCUCGCACACGGGUGAGCGCCCCUUCAAGUGCAACGUGUGCGGCAGCCGGUUCACGACCAAGGGCAACCUCAAGGUCCACUUCCAGCGCCACACCGCCAAGUUCCCCCACGUGAAGAUGAACCCCAACCCGGUCCCCGAGCACCUCGACAAGUACCACCCGCCCCUCCUGGCCCAGAUGCAGCAGCAGGGGGGCGGCGGGGGCCCAACCUCGCCGGGCAUGUCCCCGCACCACCCGCCGCCCCCGCCGCCGCCGCACCACCCCUUCCACCCGAGCGGCUUCCCCCUGUUCCGCCCGCCGCCGCCCGACCUCCUGCCCCACCAGAUGCACCCGCCCCCCUCCCACCGCCCCCUGGAGCCGCACCAACUGCCGCCUCACGCGCUGUUCGGGCACCGCGGCGAGCAGGACGUGCCCGAGAACCUCAGCAAGCCGCAGGCGGCGGCCGAGUCGCCACCUCCGCCACCGCCGCCGCCCGUCAAGCACGAGCCUCCGGACGAGGGGUCGCCCCCGCCCCCGCCACCGCCGGCGCCGGCGGCGGAGCGGCUGUCGCCCAAGCUGGAGCCGGAGAUGGAGCUCGAGCAGGAGGACGCGGACGCGGCGCGGUACCUGUACGACGACUGCAGCCUGGACAGCAAGUACAGCAGCGAGGACAGCCUGGGGGCGCAGGAGCAGCCGGAGAACCUGUCCGGCAGGCAGGAGCCGGCGGCGGGCCAGAGGCUGCCUCCCUCGCUGCCCUUCCCGCACGCCGCGUCGCCCCCGGGCAGCAGCUCCUCGGGCAGUGGGCUCGCGGGGGACCCGGCGCGCGACCCCGCCGUCUACGCCAGCCUGCUGCCGCGGCCCGGCAGCAACGACAACUCCUGGGAGAGCCUCAUCGAGGUCACCAAGACCAGCGAGACGUCCAAGCUGCAGCAGCUGGUGGACAACAUCGAGCACAAGCUGACGGACCCCAACCAGUGCGUGAUCUGCCACCGGGUGCUGUCGUGCAAGAGCGCGCUGCAGAUGCACUACCGCACGCACACGGGCGAGCGGCCCUUCAAGUGCAAGAUCUGCGGCCGCGCCUUCACCACCAAGGGCAACCUGAAGACGCACAUGGGCGUGCACCGCGCCAAGCCACCGGCCCGGGUGCUGCACCAGUGUCCCGUGUGCCACAAGAAGUUCAGCAACGCGCUGGUGCUGCAGCAGCACAUACGGCUGCACACGGGCGAGCCCACGGACCUCAGCCCCGAGCAGAUCCAGGCGGCGGAGAUCAGGGACUACCCGCCGCCCGCGGCAGGCUUCCCGCUGUUCGCGCACGGCUUCCCCGCGCCGCCGUCGCUGGCGGCGCUCAGGCACGACGCCGACUCCAAAGACGGCUACAGGCACGACUUCCUCGACGACGACAACAGCAGCGGCAGCGGCGGCGUCAGCGUCGGCGGCGGCGGCCUGCAGAGCUCCUUCUCCACGUCGCUGGCGGCCCUGGAGAACCAGGUGCGCACCAUCACCACCAUGGCCUCCGGCUACCGCCGCUCCGCCGAGCGCUCGCCCACGCCCGCCGCCGGCGACAAGCCGUCCACGCCCGCCGCCGCCAGCCCCGCGCGAGGAGGGGAGUCGCCGUCCCCGCCGCCUCCCCUGCACCACCUGCAAUACCAGCACCACCGCCUCCAGCACCGCAGCCCGUCGCCGUCCGAGUCGGGCUCGCUGGGGGCGCUGGACCUCACCCCGCGGUCGACCGCCGCGCCGCCCCCGCCGCCUCCGCCGCCGCCACCACCGCCGCCUCCGCCACCACCGCCACACGGGGUCUUCUCCAGCUUCGGCCUCGUGCCGCCGCCGCCGCCGGGGUCGUCUCCGCUCAUGACGUCCGCGCUGUCGUCGCUCACCUCGUCCGUGCUCACCUCGACGGCGUUCAGCCCGCUCGGCCUGGCGGUCGGCCCGGCAGUGAGGCCCGGGAACACCACGUGCAACAUCUGCUUCAAGACGUUCGCCUGCAACUCCGCCUUGGAGAUCCACUACCGCAGCCACACGAAGGAGCGGCCCUUCAAGUGCACCGUGUGCGACAGGGGGUUCUCUACCAAGGGCUAUACAGAUCCACUCGAUGCCCAACCAAACCAUGCUUGUGUGUGUGACCGCUGGGGUCAGUGGCGUAUCCAGCAAGGGUUCCCCGGGGGCGGGGACGCGCAGGCGCCGCCGCCGGCGCCGCCUCCGCCGCCUCCCAAGCCCAAACGAUCGAGAAAGCGCAAUGACGACAGUAGGAAACAAAACGGCGGCUCUAAGAAGUACACGGCUAGGAUCCCCCCGCUUCCGCUGCUAGGGAGCCCUGGAUACGCCUCUGACUGGAACCACCCUUUGUUGGGCAACAUGAAGCAGCACAUGCUGACGCACAAGAUCCGGGACAUGCCCUCGCACCUGUUCGAGCCCAACAAGCCCGGCCCGCCGCUGGGCAUGAGCGACGACUCGAGCAACGUGGACGAGGCGAGGGGCCAGCAGCAGCAGCCGCCCCCGCCGCCGCCGCCGCCGCCGCCGCACGACAAGCCCGACCCCAGCGUCAAGAGGUCGCCCCCCGAGGGCGAGGGCGGCCUGCCCGUGCCGAAGAGACAGCCAGGCAUGGCCAAGCACUUGUGCCACGUGUGCAACAAGAACUUCUCCUCGUCCUCGGCGCUGCAGAUCCACAUGCGCACGCACACCGGGGACAAGCCGUUCCGCUGCACCAUAUGCCAGAAGGCCUUCACCACCAAGGGCAACCUGAAGGUGCACAUGGGCACUCACAUGUGGAGCAACGGGGCGUCGCGGCGCGGCCGCCGCAUGUCGCUGGACCUGCCGCCCAUCCCCAUGACGCCCAAGGACUCGGAGUUCCUGCAGCGGCGGCCGGACCUCUUCUACCCCUACCUGCCGGCGCCCUUCCUCAACGGCAUGCAGCAGAAGCUGAAUGAGAUCUCGGUGAUCCAGAGCGUCAGCAGCAGCAACAACGGCCGAGGGCUCAGCCCGCCCGUCGGCAAGUACGGCCCGCUGAUGGCCUUCGGCGGCUACGGCGGCGACAAGCCCCUGCUGCCGGAGAACCACCUCCCUCACCACCAACACCACCAACACCACCAGCAGCUGCAACAACAACAACAACAACACCACGUGGCCGCCAGGUCCUCGCAGGACGGCUCCCCGCUGUCGGACAAGCCGGCGUCGUCGUCGCUGCCUUCCCCGCCUCCCGCUGUCCCGCCGCAGCUGCAGCCGUCGGAGGAGCGCGGCGCGUGGGACCUGCACUACGCGCGCAGCAAGCCCGCCGAAGACGAGCGGAUGGACGUAUCGCCGCCUCCCCCCGCGCAGGCACACGUCAACUCGCACGGACCCCCGAGGGGGGAGGGCCUCGCGGCGUGAAAGACACCGCCGUCGACCCCCCGCUAACUCACCACCAGCUUCCUUUUCUUCCUACGUCGUGGUUCGGCUCAGAAAAAAACUAUGGCCUGACUUUCUUCGGUUUCAUUUUGAAAUAAAUACACUUUCCAGCAGACCAAAAACAUCUCUUCAAUGAAUACUAGUUUACUUUUACGUGUGUUAAACAACAAAAAAAUACGUAUACAUUGUCACCAUAUCUGCAACUCUGUAUGGAUCCGCCUAUCCGGAAGGUUGACCGGUUUCGGGUUGAGGCGCGACGAUAAAAGUGCGACGUUGGCAGGUGUGAAUCUUGGUGCGGUUGUCCACCUCUUUAAGGCGCAGUGUGAAACUGAUAGGACUUUUGGCGCGGCGAACCCUGACGUUUUUACGGCUUUGAAACAAAAUGAAGACGAAUGUUUGUUUGCUUGCAGUUCCAAGUCCCUGUGGUGUUCUUCAAGAAUCUGUAAUGAAAAUUUUCAUAUCUGGAAAUUUAUUUUUUAAAAAGUGAAUACAGGCUAUUUUCACUCUAAAAAAAAAAAAAAAUACCUACAGCUUGAAAACGAAAUCCGAGAGACAGAACUGCCGGUCCGACGUCAACUAUUCUUGAAAGCUUUUCGUAAACGGGCACAACAUUCGGAUUUCUUGAAUCAGUUAUGAAAUCACGUGGGUUCUCGUGAAGUUCUGCGCACCUUAAUUGUGAUCAUGUAGGUGGGGCCCUAAAAAAAACUAUACGGACCUUUUACCUUGCGAAACCAAGCACGAAAAAGAAUAAGAGGAACUGUGUUUCACCUUAACAUUAACCGUUAAUUUGGACGCAAAAACUCACUGGCUGGCUUGAUGUGAGAAUCACAAUCACAUGUGGAGGAAAUCAUGUGUCUAGGAGCAAUUCACAUAUCUCGUAAUUAUCUGUAAAUUAAGUAUUUUUUAUUUAUUGAACUUGAAGAAAUCAGUGUGCUGAUUUUUUUUUCUAGAACUCUCCUGGAUGAGAACUGAUCUACUCUGGUCUCUUUGAAAACUUCGCCACAGCAGCUUAUUGCUGGCUAGCUGAUUUGCUGAAGUUGCAAUGUUCCUAUUUUUAAACUAGUCUUUGUAUUAUCAUCAUUAUUAAAAAAAAAAGGGUGACAUGAUAGAGACAGAACACUCAGCUAUUGUAUUUAAGAUUUGGAAAAAUAAAAUAAAGUGUUAAAUAUUUACAUUAAUUGAUGUUGAAUUCUAAUUUGGUUAGAGGACUUUAUACGAAAACCGCUGAGCUGAAGAUGAAAUAUUUGUCAAGAAUAUAUAUAUAUAAAGAUAUGUAUAUUGUAUUUAAGUGCUCACUGAUGUGUUGAAUGAAUAUAGUGACUACAUAAAACAGGUAUAAUAAUUGUAUCAAUUGGUUCUGUAAACUUAUUAUGUGUGCAUAUGUUGUUUGCUUGGACAGUGGGCGAGCAAUGUUUUGUUAGGGGCUGGGGCAAUACGGGGAUCCCAGAUGUUCCCAUGACUUUGUUUUACUGUGAUACUAUGCAUCCUGUAGGUGAGGAUUAUGUUACAUGGCUACAUGCAGGAAAAAAACAAAUAGAAUAAAUCCUGUACCUACAAACAAAGUAUGGUACACUUAUGCAAUUCUUUGAUCAACAUCUGUACUUAAAAACUCUCAUAAAAAUAUAAUUUGAGUAUUAAAGGAGCACAUGCCUGAUUGUCGAGAAAGUGAAGGUGUUUUUUUUUUUUUUAAUGUUGUGACUGUACAAACAGAAUUAAGCCCAUUCACGAAAACAUUUGUUAUGUUUGUACAUGAAAUGUUUUUUCGGCCUACAGUUUUCCCUGUUGGUUGGGAUCUCCCGAACCUUAGCAGUCUGUACAUUCGCUACUGUAUUAGGUGUUAUUUCAAUUACAUGCAAUUUGCUGUUCAGUGGCUGUUUCUCAGAACAAAAAGAAAAGUUGUU